AUGUAAGAAGAAACCUUUUAAUUUUAAUAAUAACAAGUGAUAGAAUAUAGUCAUAGAAAAAUUCUCAAACCUCUUUAACGAAAAUUAUAAUACAAAUCAUAAGAUCCUGAAGAAAUUUAUUCGACUUAAGAACCUAGCUUGGAUUGUAAUGUAAUUUCAAUAUUCUCGAAAAGAGGAACCAAUUUUUCAAUAGAAGAAGAACAUCAUCGUAGAAUAAUUCAGAACCCUUUCGUUAAUGAAGUACCUAAUUUUAGUAAACUACAAUAUCAAUUAAAUUAUACUAUUCAAUAAUAACCAGAAAAGACUUAUGCUCCUAUUGAUAUACUCCAAAAUGAACUUUCAAACUAAAACUAUUCAAAUAACAAAUAUUAGAAUCUUUAGAAUGAUUGUUACUAACCUAUAGAAGAAUCUUUUGGAGAAGAUUAUAGAUUGAUAUAAAUGGAUGAUUUCAAUUAUUUAUAGAACUUUCAAUGUAAUAAAAUAGAAAAUUAAAAAAAUGAUUCAAGAAAUAAAAAACAAAUACCAAAAAAACUAUAAUAAGAAUUAACAAAAGGAAUUCAUAAAAUAUUAAUCAAAAAAUGA